UGGGAAUGAACCUGUAUAUCACUAGUAGGAUUGCACUCUUUAUUUCAAAGGCCAUUUCAAAGAGAACACAAUAUUUAGAUUAGAAUGUAACUGUAAGAGUGAUGAAUUACUACUAACAUGUUCUUUGUAUCUACUUGUAUAUAUGUAUUAGUUUUAUAUUUCUGAUAUGCCAUAAUCAAACAACUAGAUCAAUAAAUAUUCCAUCCCAUCCCAUUCCGAAUGUUGUACAUAACAACUCUGAUGUGUUACAUAUUCACAGUGUUUUCUUUAGGAUUAACAAAUCUGGGCUACAAAACUGGAUAAUCACUAAAUAAUAGCAAAGACUUACAGUUUUCUGUAUUUCUUUUUGCCAUCAGAUGGCCUUCUGGAUUUUUGCAGCCCAUGCCUGUUUGCCUAUGGUUGCUAUUGUGCUAUACAUUGGAUAUAUCUUAGUUGGAAUGUAAAACAGAACAGAAAGUUCACCAGAAAAAUGAUGGUCACUGAUGCCAAAAGGAGACCUGGAGAAGGUUAAUGCACCGGUAGUCUUGCUUCUCCUGGCAUUCAAUUAAUUUUUUCUGUCCACGCUCAGAUCCAUGGAUCGUGAAAAUUACAACACCAGCCACCCUGACUUUCUCCUCCUUGGCUUGUCCACUCGGCCAGAACAGGAGCGCUUCCUUUUUGUUACCUUCCUCGUUCUGUAUCUGCUGAACAUGACUGGGAACCUGCUGAUCAUCUUUUUGAUCCGUUCUGAUGCCCGGCUCCUCCAUGCACCUAUGUAUUUCUUUCUCAGUCACCUCUCCUUUGUGGACGUCUGCUUCACCUCAACUACAAUUCCCAAGAUGCUGCACAAUCUCCGCACAGGCUGCAAGAACAUUGCUUUCACUAACUGCAUGAUCCAGAUGUAUUUCUUUCUGGCCUUUGCUAUCACUGAAAACUUCCUGCUGGGCGCCAUGGCACUGGAUCGCUUUAUGGCCAUCUGCCUGCCAUUACGCUAUCCUGUGCUGAUGAAACCACUGCAGUGUCAUAUCAUGGUAUUUGUGGCAUGGUUGCUGGCCCACCUUCAUGCCCUCUUGCAUACUGUAUUGAUGUCCAGGCUUUCCUUCUGUGAUCAUCAUGAGAUACCUCAUUUCUUCUGUGACUUCCAGCCUUUAGUGGUGAUGGCCUGCUCUAAUAAGAGCCUCAGUGAAAUGUUGAGUUUCUUUGAAGGAGGAACAAUUAUUAUUGGCAACUUCAUUCUCAUUCUUGUCUCCUACAUUCGCAUUGUCCAAGUUGUGCUUCGGGUUCCUUCUGGCCAAGGUCGGAGCAAAGCCUUCCAAACCUGUGUUUCUCACCUAAUUGCUGUGACCCUCUUCUAUAGUUCUGCAAUUGGGGUCUAUUUCUGGCCACACUCUUCCUAUUCUGGGGACAAGGACAAGGUGGCUAUUGUUAUGUACACUGUGGUGACCCCCAUGCUCAACCCCUUCAUAUAUAGCCUAAGGAAUGCAGACAUGAAAGCUGCCCUCCACAGAGCACUGGAUAAACUAAGAAACGCUUUGCAGAAGUCACAGACUAUCAACAGCUGAUGUCAAAUAUGGGGUGCCAGAUCAAAAAUAGAAGAAGUAUAAUUCUUUGGAGAAGUUUAUUUGAUGCAGUGUCUUACACAUUUAGCAUGUUUUUUUUGAUUCCUAAAGAACCAAAUUUUUAUUUUUAACCCAGUAUGUGAGUCUUCACAUUUUGGUUUUUUUAAAAAAAUGAACAUACAGAGUUUAUGUUCAUCUUCCUCAGCUAAGUGCUCACCCGAAUGUUGAACUACAACUCCCAUCAAACAGUCAAACAGUGUAGAUGGAUAUGGAUGAUGGGAGCUGUAGUCCAACCCUCAGAGUGCUGGCUGUCUCAGUAACCUUGAUAAAGUAUCAAGUACCUGAAGACCUGGAUCUGCCAACUUGCUUGGGGUGCGCAUACAACAUGCAACCUCGAAAUUUGUUAGGGGCUUGAAGAGCUACCCACCCACCCCCUUCUUACUUUAUU